GUUACGGCAGGUUGGUGGGAGGAGGGUGGGCGCACAUCGAAACAUAGCGGAUGCCCUUGGCACAGCGUAGAGAGACGUUUCGGUACAGUAUGUGACGUGACUGAAGGAGAAGUGGGGCAGUGCAAGGUCUCGCGUAUCAGUGCGCGUUAUACGCUGUAUAAAGCAGUGACGUUCGUCUCAUUGCAAAUCCCGCCGCACAUUGACAACUACUAGCUUUAUAAUCAAGCUCUACGCAGCUUCCGGGACUUCCAUGCUGCCAGUCUCCUACAUGAUACCCUCCCUUCACUGCCGGCUACAGCUCUCCACCAACUGCAACAGCUCUCUCUCUCCAUUCUGGCUUCCCCUCUCCUGCAAUGCGCGACUACGAUGAGGCCACGUCUUUCCUGGGAGAAUGGGGUCCCUUCCAGCUGUCGGUGUUCUUCCUGCUCAGCGCCAGCAUCAUCCCCAAUGGUUUCACCGGCCUCUCCGCAGUCUUCCUAGCGGCCACCCCCGAGCACCGGUGCCACAUACCGGCCGGCGCCAACCUGAGCGAGGCUUGGAGGAACGUGAGCAUCCCCCCAGGACAGGACAGUCAGUGCCGCAGAUACCGGCUGGAGACUCUGAGCAACUACUCGGCUCUGGGGCUGCUCCCCGGGCGGGAUGUGGAUGUGACUGGGAUAGAGCAAGAGCCCUGUCUGGAUGGCUGGGACUACAGCAAAUCCCUUUACCUCUCAACUAUAGUCACUGAGUGGAACUUGGUUUGUGAAAAUGACUGGAAAGGGCCCCUGACCACCUCGCUGUUCUUUGUGGGAGUACUCAUUGGGUCAUUCAUUUCAGGACAGAUGUCAGACAGGUUUGGUAGGAAGAAGGUUUUGUUUGCCACCAUGGCUGUGCAGACUGGAUUUAGUAUUAUUCAAGUGUUCUCUGUAAACUGGGAGAUGUUCACCGCUUUGUUUGUGAUCGUUGGGAUGGGACAGAUCUCUAAUUAUGUGGCUGCUUUUAUACUUGGUGCAGAAAUUCUUGGCAAGUCUGUCCGCAUUAUAUUCUCUACACUAGGAGUGUGCAUUUUCUAUGCAAUUGGCUACAUGCUGCUGCCUCUAUUUGCUUACUUCAUAAGGGACUGGCGGAUGCUGCUUUUGGCGCUUACCAUUCCAGGGCUGUUUUGCAUUCCUCUUUGGUGGAUUAUCCCAGAAUCUCCCAGAUGGCUCAUAUCUCAGGGGCGAUUUCAGGAAGCAGAAGACAUAAUACGGAAAGCAGCAAAGAAAAAUGGCAUUUCUCCGCCAGAUAUAAUAUUUAAUUUUACAGAGCUGCAAGAGCAAAAGGAGCUGAUACACAAAUCUCAUACAUUUCUCGACCUCCUGAAAACAAGGAAUAUUCGCAUAAUAACAUUUCUAUCCAUUUUGCUUUGGAUGAUCAUUUCAGUGGGAUAUUUUGGUUUGUCUCUAAACACUCCCAAUUUACAUGGUGAUCCUUAUGUCAACUGCUUCCUGUCAGCCAUCAUUGAAGUUCCUGCAUAUGUAAUUGCGUGGUUGCUCCUACGAAGUUUCCCUCGACGAUACUCAACUGCAAGCACGUUGGUUUUGGGAGGAGCGGUUUUACUGUUUAUACAGCUAGUGCCUCAAGAGCUUGGGGUUCUAUCCAUUGUUCUAGUCAUGCUGGGGAAGUUUGGUAUCACUUCAGCUUUCUCCAUGGUUUAUGUGUACACUGCCGAACUGUACCCCACUGUUGUACGAAAUAUGGGUGUGGGAGCCAGUUCAAUGGCAUCCAGAAUGGGGAGCAUCCUGUCCCCUUACUUUGUUUACCUUGGUGCCUACGACCGAUAUCUGCCUUUCAUCCUAAUGGGAAGUCUUACAGUGCUUAUAGGGAUGUUUACUUUAUGUCUCCCAGAAAGCCACGGCAUGCCUUUACCAGAUACCAUUGAGGAAAUGCUCAAAGUUAAAGGGUUUAGCUACAAAGCAGGAAAACGACUUAAAAGAGAGAAGAAUGGAAAACCCAAUGUCUUGUCAAACACGGCAUUGUAAGGCAGUGGUUUCAGUCCAUGUAGAAAGAUUGCUUCAGUAGAGUUCUUUCCACACUGUGAUUGACACGGUUUAAUUCUUCUUCGUUGUUUGCGGAUCCUCGCCUUUUUUUCUACCUGCAGUAUAAAUUAGCACAACAAUGCAAACUGAAUGUCUUUAUAUUUGUAUCUCUGCUGGAGCAAUUCCUGUGAUUAACUCUUUGUUAUAAUACCAAUAAAUGUUGAAACUUUCA